CAGCCCGCCCCUUCCAUGCGCUUCCCUCGCCUAAUUAACAUAACAGCCCCGCCUCCUCGCGCCCUUCACCACUUCAUUUAAAUUACCGCCCCGCCUCCUUCACGCGCUUCAUCCCUCAACCUUCACAACCGUCCGAGGCUCGUUGGAUUACAGACAUAUGGCUCAAAACAUUAACGUCCCUUUUCAGAUUAGUGCUCUUAUUAUUCUGUAAAAAUUCCGCCAAAAAAGAAAAGACGGUUUACCUCAAAUGCUCGCGAUUUCUCCCGUGUGCACGUGAACUACGAGAACAGCUUAGGGGCUCGUGUCUGCCGUGAGCGGUUCGAUUUCAACGCGGAGCCCCCUUGGGAUCCUAGCUGAUAGCUGGAGAGGUCGACCCCUGACCUGUCCCUUGGAUAUCGCUAGGACCCAAGAGCUCUGAGGGUUCUCAUAAAUAGGUGACCUGCUUUAUGCCAGUCGGAUCACGCAUGAGUAUGAAGGGAACUCCGGACGAACCACGCUUUUCUGUCGAGCUGCUGGAAGGAAGCGCGGCUCUCCGAGAUGUGAUCGACGAGCACAUCCGCGAUCAGACUCUCGCACCGAAGAGUGCGUUUUUUGUUGCCGAUCUGGGGGUGAUUGUGCGGCAGCAAGUUCGCUGGAGAACUAAAAUGGACCGCGUCCGGCCCUUCUUCGCGGUCAAGAGCAACUGCAGCCCUGUGGUUGUUGAAAUCCUGGCCGCGCUCGGCACUGGCUUUGUUUGUUCGAACAAGCUUGAGCUGGACUUGGUGAAGGGGUUUGGCGUCUCGUCUCAGGACAUUAUUCUCGGUGGCACGUGUAAACAGCUGUCCCAUAUCAAAUACGCAGCUAAACACAACAUCCCCCUCCUGGUUUGCGAUAAUGAGGCGGAGCUGAGGAAGAUUGCUCGAUGCCAUCCCAAAGCAAAAGUGCUGCUGCUGUUGACAUCGGAGAGCUGCUGCGACCGAGAGGAGACGGCCUUACCGUUCGGCUCCACGCUGAAGGACUGCAGACACCUGCUGGAGUGUGCCGGAGAGCUCAGCCUGACCGUCACCGGAGUCAAAUUCAACAUUCCCAGUUGUUGUCAGGAUGCACAAGCGUUCUCCCGCGCCGUGUCCGAUGCCCGCUGUGUCUUUGAUAUGGGGGAGGAGCUCGGCUUUGAGAUGAGCGUUCUGGACAUCGGCGGCGGCUUCGACGGAAGCGAGGCGCAGCUAGACGAGGUACUGCAUUCUGCUGUAUUCGUACCUUUUGCUUUUGCGUUUUUGUUUCUGCCCCCGAGCCUCGAGUGUUGUUUCCGCGUGCAGGUCAACCAGGCGCUGAAACCCAUGCUGGACAUGUAUUUUCCUCUCUCGGCCUGCUUGGAGAUCAUCUCUGAACCUGGAGCUUUUUACGUGUCGUCUGCCUUCACGCUGGCCGUGAAUAUAAUCGCCAAGAAAGCGGUGGCUCGUGAUUUCCUUGAUCGACCACACAAUGCACCGUCUGCAAACGAUGAGCCUGAGUUUCUUUAUUGCAUGAAUGACGGGGUUUAUGGGUCUUUUGCCGGUAAGCUGCUGCGUGGAGAUUCGAUAUCGAUGCCUUCGGUGCACAAGGAGGUGAGUCCAGAGGAGCCGCUGUUCUCCAGCAGCCUGUGGGGUCCGUCUGCCGAUGAUCUGGAUCAGGUGGUGGAGCGGUGUCUGCUGCCGGAGCUCAGCGUCGGAGACUGGCUGCUUUUCAGCGACGCGGGGGCCGGCGGCGGUCUGGGGGCCGGAGAGGAAGCCCCACCGCCCGUCUUCUACAGCAUCGCCGAACGUGACUGGCAAGAGCUUCGUAGCUGCGGCGUCGCUCUGGACGUGAGGAUGAAGGAUUUCUCUCUGGUACCUUGCUGCCUGCAGCCAGACACAUCCGAGGCAUCCGUUUCCACCCCGGCGUAGCGUAAACCACUCAUCAAUGUCGUCAUUUCCACCGACUUCAAGCACUUAGGAACCUGGACUCUUUAAGAAGCUUCAGAUGCUACCAGAGCAACUUCAUAGUCAUCAACCCGAUGGAUAUAGGUGCAAUUAGCUUUAACAAGCGGGCCUGUUGGCGUUUACAGCGACACUUAAUUAUAUUUAAGCCAGUUUUAUAAAUAUAUAUACACAUACAGUAUUUCUGCUUACUAAUGGAAUCAGUCGAGUUAUUUAUUAAAGCUGGAGUCUAGUUUCAUGACGUCAUCGGAUGCUUUUAAAGAAACAUGCACUUGUUUUUUGUUAUUUGUAUUAGGAGUAUGAUGUUAAAUCUGAACAAUUGUGAACCGAGCGCUGUGGUGUGUCUUUGUGGGGAAAGUAUAGUGGAAACUUUCUCAAAUCGGAGGCCUAGAAUGCACUUUAGUUAUAGUUCACCCAAAAAAUGAAGAUCUGCUGAAGAUGUACUCAACCGAGAUGGAAGACAUGUCAUCGGUUUCAGCAACGGAUGCCCUGCAGCGAAUGGGUGCCGUCAGAACAGCUGAUCAAAAACAUCACGGUAAUCCACUCCAGCCCAUCAGCGAAGACGGGAGAAACGAAGUCGUCUUCAGGACGUUUUGAUCUCUUGAUCGAGAACGUCGUGGAUUGUUGUGCAUCUCAUUCUGACGGCACCCAUUCACCGCAGAGCAGCCGUUCCUGCGCAGACGACUUUUGAACUAUUCCUUCGGUUCAUGCGAACGCAGGCGGUCUGGUUGUGCGCAUUUGCACACGCUUGCAUUGCCCGCGACGAGCCAGUUUAAACGGAAAGACGUGUGUGUGGCUGCGUUUCGUAACGCGGUGUUGCACGAAACCGGGAAGUGUCUGCUUUCACGCGCUUGUGUGUGCGUUUCAGGCGUGUCGUGCUGCGCGUUGGUUCAGCUUGACGCGCGUGUGUCCUGUCCGGGACGGCUCUGGUGUCGCGCAAGUAUGUCUGAGAACGUGUCGAAGACGGUUUGAGCAAGUGCUGCUGGUUUGGAGCGAGGGGAAGCUGUUGAGUCGCUGUUUGAGUGAAAGCGAUGAACUGCGCAACAGACAUGAAAUGUUCGUUCGGUGUCAGAGCAGGACUACGAACUGUUUACCUUUUCUUGACCAAGUUUUGCUGUCAAUAAAAUGGUAUUAAUGGC